AUGUCGCGCCGAUCAGCAAAAGGUGACUAUAUAGAAACUGACACCGGCAACAAGGUCGCCCGCAAGGCCGUCCUCGUUGGCACGCAAAAUAUUGUUCUCGGCGGCAAGACCGUCAUCCAGCCCGAAGUCAUGAUCCGCGGCGACCUCGUCCGAACCGCGCCCUCUAGCUCCUCCUCCUCCUCCUCCUCGACCCCCUCCAGCGGCGCUGCCGCCUCCAACACGGCCGUCGCCAUCGGCCGAUACUGCUUCCUCAGCCGGGGCGUGACGCUGCGCCCGCCGGGCCGCAUGUACAAGGGCGCAUACACGUACAUGCCGCUGCGGCUGGGCGACCACGUCUUUGUCGGGGCGGCCAGCGUCGUGCAGGCCGCGAGCGUCGGCAGCCACGUGUCCAUCGGCCGCGGGUGCACCGUUGGCGAGUUUGCCAUCAUCAAGGACUACGUCAAGGUGCUGGACGGCGCCACCAUUGCGCCCUUUUCUGUGAUUCCGAGCUUCUCGAUUGUGGCUGGGCAGCCGGCGCGCGUCGUGGGCGAGAUACCAGAGGGGGGCCAUGAUGAGUUUGAGCUGCGCGACCUCUACAAGACGGUCGGCAAUAAUCCGCAGCCGCCUCCCUAA